AUGGCUCACAACAACGAGGCCGCCACCGGCCUGCCGCAGAUUACCAUCGAGAUUCCGGAUGGUGACAGCAACUCGACCACCAACAACACUCCUCCACCAUCAACCGAAUCUCCAGAGACUGCAAUCUCGCCCUGUAACCUUAGCGCUGCACCAGUCGGUGGUUACCGUGACCGAGCCAUGAGCGGCAGCACGCUGGGACCGCAAAGUCCGCACUUGGCACCGCCAAAGUCAGCCGGCGGCACUUCGAUCAGCAGCGGCGCCAGCCUGUUCUCCUACGAGGAACAGCAGGAUGCACUGAAACCAGAUCCCGGAGCAGAGGCUGACUUCCAGAUCGACAACAACUCAUUCGCUUUUUCGCCGGGCCAUCUCAACAAGCUGUUGAAUCCCAAGUCGCUCCCGGCAUAUGUCGCCUUGGGCGGGCUCGCCGGAAUCGAAAGGGGCCUCCGGACCGACCGCACUGCCGGACUGAGCAUCGACGAGACAACGCUGGCGGGCUCGGUGAGCUUCGAAGAGGCCACCAAGGCGUCCGAAAAGGCGUGGGAGUUGGAGAAGAGCGGGAACCCCGGAAGUAAUGCCACCGGCACCGCGACGGCCGCCGCCGGCACCGCGCACACCCCUGCUUCUGCCGACUCGAACGCCUUUGCCGAUCGCAUCCGCGUCUUCAAGCGCAACGUGCUGCCGGCCAAGAAGCCCACGCCGCUAUGGAAACUCAUGUGGCUUGCGUACAACGACAAGGUCUUGAUUUUGUUGACUGUCGCUGCUGCCAUUUCGCUCGCCCUUGGACUGUAUGAGACGUUUGGUGUCGAUCACCCGCCGGGGUCGCCGAUGCCUGUGGACUGGAUUGAAGGAUGCGCCAUUUGCAUUGCCAUUAUCAUCGUGGUGCUCGUCGGGGCGCUGAACGAUUACCAGAAAGAGCGUGCUUUCGUGCGGCUGAACACCAAGAAGGAGGACAGAGAAGUCAAGGUUAUCCGGUCCGGCAAGUCGUUCAUGAUCUCGGUGCACGACCUCCUCGUCGGCGACGUCGUCCACCUGGAGCCGGGCGAUCUCAUCCCGGCCGACGGAGUCUUCAUCACUGGCCACAACGUCAAGUGCGACGAGUCGUCGGCCACGGGCGAGUCGGACCAGAUGAAGAAGACGGGCGGCGAUCAAGUGAUGCGGCUGCUCGAGCAGGGCCACGCCAAGCACCAGGACCUGGAUCCCUUCAUCAUCUCUGGCAGCAAGGUCCUCGAGGGCGUCGGCACCUACCUCGUUACCUCGGUGGGCGUCAACUCCAGCUACGGCAAGAUCCUCAUGGCCAUGCGCCAGGACCCCGAGCCCACGCCGCUGCAGGUCAAGCUGGACGGCCUCGCCGGUGCCAUCGCCAAGCUGGGCAGCAGUGCCGCUGCUUUCCUGUUCUUCGUGCUGCUGUUCCGCUUCCUCGGCACCCUGCCCGGCAGCGAGUUGACGGCGAACGAGAAGGCGUCCAAGUUCAUGGACAUCCUGAUUGUGGCCAUCACUGUCAUUGUCGUCGCCGUCCCUGAGGGUCUCCCGCUUGCCGUGACGCUGGCCCUGGCCUUUGCUACCACCCGUCUCGUGAAGCUCAACAACUUGGUUCGCAUUCUGAAGUCGUGCGAGACCAUGGGGAAUGCCACGACUGUGUGCUCGGACAAGACCGGAACCCUCACGCAGAACAAGAUGACCGUCGUUACCGGCACAUUCGGCGAGGACGCUUUCGACGACAAGAACCAGCGCGGUGACGAACGCCGCUCGACCGCUUUCGCCAGGGAUAUGUCUGCAGAGAAUAAGAGGACGCUAAUCGAGUCGAUUGCUAUCAACUCGACCGCUUUCGAGGGCGAGGAGGCUGGCGAGGCUGGAUUCGUGGGCUCCAAGACCGAGACCGCCCUGCUUGGCUUUGCUCGCAACGUGCUCGGGAUGGGAUCGCUGAGCGAGGAGCGCGCUAACGCUCAGGUUGUCCAACUGAUGCCUUUCGACUCGGGGCGCAAGUGCAUGGGUGCCGUGCAGAAACUUCCCAACGGCAGCUACCGUUUCUUGGUCAAGGGCGCUUCCGAGAUUCUGCUUGGCUACAGCUCCAGCCUUCUGACGGCUUCCGGAGAAGUCCCUCUUGAUCAGGAGCGUCGCGAGCGCUUUGAGGCCAUCAUCAACAACUACGCCGAGCAGUCGCUCCGCACUAUUGCUCUCAUCACCAAGGACUUCCCUCAGUGGCCGCCUGCGGGCACCGCAGCCGAGGAAGACCCCAGCAUUGCCAACGUUGAUCUCCUUCUCAAGGAUAUGACUCUUCUCGGCGUUGUCGGCAUCCAGGACCCCAUCCGUCCCGGCGUUCCUCAGGCAGUUGCCAAAUGCCAGCACGCUGGCGUCUGCGUCCGCAUGGUUACCGGUGACAACGUCGUCACCGCGAAGGCGAUUGCGACCGACUGCGGCAUCUACACAGAUGGCAUUGUUAUGGAAGGCCCCGUCUUCCGCACUCUCACCCACGAGAAGAUGGUCGAGAUCCUCCCCCGCCUGCAGGUCCUCGCCCGCUCGUCGCCCGAGGACAAGCGCAUUCUGGUUACCAAGCUCCGCUCCAUGGGCGACAUUGUCGCAGUCACUGGUGACGGUACCAACGACGGCCCCGCCCUGAAGGCUGCGGAUAUCGGUUUCUCCAUGGGUAUCGCCGGUACGGAAGUCGCUAAGGAGGCGUCCGCCAUCAUCCUCAUGGACGACAACUUUGCCUCGAUUCUGACUGCCCUCAUGUGGGGACGCGCCGUGAACGAUGCCGUGCGCAAGUUCCUCCAGUUCCAGCUGACGGUGAACAUCACGGCCGUCAUCUUGACUUUCGUCUCCUCGGUGUCCGACUCGGAGAUGCGAUCAGUCCUCACUGCCGUCCAGCUCCUCUGGAUCAACCUCAUCAUGGACUCCCUCGCCGCGCUCGCGCUCGCCACGGACCCGCCGACCGAAGAAAUCCUCAACCGCAAGCCGCCGCCACGCACCGCGCCGCUCAUCUCCAUCGUCAUGUGGAAGAUGAUCAUCGGACAAGCACUCUUCCAGCUGGGCGUGACACUAAUCCUCCACUUCGGCGGCCCCCGCUUCCUCGACUACCCGGACGCGGAGCUGCGAUCCGUCGUCUUCAACUGCUUCGUGUGGAUGCAGAUCUUCAACAUGUACAACAACCGCCGCCUCGACAACCGCUUCAACAUCUUCGCCGGCGUCCACCGCAACUACUUCUUCAUCCUCAUCAACUGCAUCAUGAUCGGCUGCCAGAUCGCCAUCGCCUUCAUCGGCGGCAAGGCCUUCAGCAUCGUCCGCAUCAACGGCGCGCAGUGGGCCAUCUCCAUCGUCGUCGCGGCCUUGUGUCUGCCCUGGGCCGUGCUUGUCCGCAUUUUCCCGGAUGCGUGGUUCGAGGUGUCUGCCAAGUUCGUCGGCAAGCCUGUCGUGCUCGUUUACCGCCCGCUCAGCCGCGCCUCUAGCAGGCUUGGCCAUGCCAUCAAGAGGCUUUUUGGCAGGGGCAAGAAGAAGGCGGACGAGGGCGAGAAUGCGGCCGAGACCGAGAGCGAUUCGGAUGCUGCGGUGGCUGUGCCUGGCGGUAAUGUUGAUCCGGAGAAAGGGGGGGCCGCCGCCAAGUAG